CAACCCACCACUCCAGCAUUGUUUAAGAAACCGGGUUUCUGCAUUCAGAUUCUUACUGACAGACCAUCUGAUAAUCCCUAACACAGCUACCUGUAGCAGCCUCAGAUCAUUCAGCAGCCAACACAGAGAGUAGCCCUCAGAGUCCAAGUGGCAUAAAGUUUGGAAAGUGAAGGUGUACGAGGAUCCUCCUAGACAGGCACAGAAAGCUUGAUGGUUAGUUGGGCAUUUUUAUAUCCCUGUGACUGAGUAAGAAGAGUUGUUCAUUCUUAUGAAGACAAACAAGUGCAGUAGUCCUGAGAAGUUAAACUGAAGUUCUGGUUUCUGUACACACCAGGGGAUCUGAAAAAAAAAAAAACACUUUCCUGUCUACUACCGUAUACUGGUGUCUUACUCAGCUCUUGACGCUGAGACAGUUUUACUGAAAACCAUCUAUCCUACAAGAGCUUUUGUGUUUGUUCAGCAGUACCACUGUCGGCAACCAUAAACAAAUCGAAUUCCUAACAAUAUACAAUUCAGCCACAAAGUUUGAAAAGCAAUUUAUGUGACUGUGAAGGAAAAAAAUGGAUAACUCGAUCAAGCUUGUCUGUUUUCUCUGUUUUCUGGGACUGAUCCUAUCAGUACCUGGAAUAGCUACUAGUGCGAAUACUUCUACUGAAGCAACAACAAUGCCCAGCAGUUCUCAAUCUGUCACAACAGUGGCUAGCACAGCCCUUUCGAGUCCAGACCCCACCACUGUAACCUCAGCUGAACAGAUUACAGCUGGAUCUUCUUCAAGUCCACCUUUAACAAGUAGUGCUACAGCUGCCACUCAAACAGUGGCUACACAGACUGGUGAUUCAAGCAGCAUUACAACUGGAAGUGUUGCCAGUAGCACUACACCUGCCACUGAAAAAAGUACCAGUGAAGAGAAAAAUAGUGCCAGCAGUGCUACAACAAGCAGUGCCAAGGCUGAUAGUACAACAGAAGCCCUCUCCCAAACAACAGAAGCCCUCUCCCAAACAAGUGUAACAGCAGUAAAUAGUCCUAGUUCACUGAAAAAUAUUGCAGAAACAAGUACAGCACCAGCACUCAGUAGUUCAUCUGCAAAGUCUGUCACAGAGCAGACAGUGACAAGUAGCUCUGUGCCAGAAACUGCACAAACUUCAACAAAACCUGAACAGACUACUGCUAACAAAUCGGAGCUGAUGGUAUCUUCCACUGCCGGGACUUCUUCACUCUCAAGUUCAGCUCUGCCUCCUUCCACAUUGACAGAGACCAGCAGUUCGACUGGAAUGACUACGGGACUAAAUAAAGAUUCAACAGCAAGUACCACACCAUCCAGAAACGAAACCAGAACAUCAGUUUCAGCUGCAAACUAUUUACUUCCAUCAUCUUCAACUGUAACUUCAUCAUCAGGAGUAACAACAAUAACCAACUCCCUGCUACCAACCUCCGUUCUCUCUCAGCAGUCUUCUACAUCAACACCUGGUAAAAGUGAUUCUGACACAAGGGAAAUCUCACCAAAGAUGAAAUGCACAGCAACAAACACGUCUGGCCUUAAUAUUGCCCUGAAUUUGACUACAACAGAAACCUGUGAUGAGUACAUAAAAAGUGAGGGAGGAAAGAAACUGGCUGACAUGCUCUGUUCCUUAAAGAAAAAUAAUUCUGAAGGUCAUUGCAUUAUGACAUUUAAUGUUGUAAAUGCUUCCGGCAAUCUUCUACACAUUCACAGCAUUUUGUAUCAAGUGGACUAUAGCAAAGAUGACGUGAUACAAAUGCUGAAAGACAAUCACGAUAAGUUAAAAGAGUUUAAUAUUUCAGGGCACAAAGGAUACAUGAAAAGUGACGACAACCAAGGUAUAGACAAACUCACACUGUGGCUGGCUCUAGCAGUCCUCUGCUGUUUAGCAGUGUUGUGCUUACUAUUUGGCUUAUCUGUCUUCAUCUGUAAUCAACGCAAAUUACGAACAAAAGACCAGCAACGUCUAACAGAAGAGCUGCACACUGUUGAAAAUGGCUAUCAUGACAAUCCAACUCUAGAGGUGACAGACACACAGCCAGAAAUGCAUGAAAAUAAGAUCAACCUGAAUGGAGAACUGGGUGAUGCAUGGAUUGUGCCCUUGGAUAACCUGUCAAAAGAGGAACUGGAAGAAGAGGAAGACACCCAUCUAUAAAUUAGAUGCAGCAGUACGGUCAGACAAGGACUGAUUCCACCCGCAAGUGCCCACAUUUAAUACUGUCCAUGAAAGAGAGACAUGUCUGGUUAUUUAUCCCAUUCCCAGAGUCUUUACAUUCUGAGCCGGAGUAAAGGCAUAUAUAGUCAUAUGUGUUGUAUAUAGGUUUGUGUUUGUAUGCAUUAUAUAUUGUUAACAGUCAAGAUGUUUAAACAUCAGGCUGUGAUUUUCUGAGCAAUAGGUUUAUUGCUACUGUAAACAUAUAAUGAGAGCAUUGGAAAUAAGACAAUAUGAACAUCGUUAUGUUCUUCUUAAGUGUAACAAAAAGAGACCUGCCUAACUGAAAUGUUGUAAUGCAGUGUUAGACACACGACUUCAUAUCUACUGGGUUCUUGAAGGUAAGCCAUAGUAUAACUGAAGCUCUGGUAUGAGGUUGUCUUGGGGAUGACCUAACUCGUGGUUUUCCCUGGAAGACAUAAGCAUCUUGCAUGUAUUUAUUUUCACAUCUCCACAUAUAAGGACACAAAAUAAGGCCCCAGUGCCUUAAAUAUUUCACUGGAGUCCUGGUCCCACCACACUCUACUCUAGAAUAUUCUGGUAGGUGACUUGUCAGCUUCUCAGAUUGUCAGUUCAUGUGUAACAGUGAUUAGCCAAACUAGAUGAAAUGUUGCCUUUAUAUAUCUAUAACACUCUUAUUUUAUAUUUCAGUUUUGUUUUCUUAUACUUUGUAUCACCACUUCUCAUCCCUCCCCUAAACAAGAAAAAGCUGCCUUUUCUGGGAUAGAAAAUCCUAAUGUUCUGCUGAAAAUGGGAAAUGUAGCAGUAUUUAACAAAAGUUGAGUUAGUUAACAUUGUCAAAACUGAAAAAGUACAUUGUCUGGGAAGUAAACAAGGAGGACUGAGUCAUCACUGAGUUAAAGAAGUGAACCUACAAAAUAUUAAGAUGUUACUGCUUCACUAUUUUUGUGGACUAAGGCAUCAACAAUUCCAGUAGUAAGGUAUGCUGACUACACACAAAUGAGCCUAGUGAACACCUGUAAACUAAGCCACAGGGCAUUAGUGAAGCAAUCAAGUGAUGAAAGAUAACAGAACAUUUCUGGAGUUAGCCAGACACAGCAGAUUAAUGAGAUGACCUGCAGGUCAUUGGUAGGACAAAUUAACAGGAUAACCUACUUAACUUAGUGAGAAACGAGAGUUAAGGUAAGCCAUUUGCAUGUUAAUGUGGCAACGCGGUAAAGUAUAUCACCAAUAUAAUUACCAGACAGCAGGAUAAAAGAAGCUGCCAUCAUAUUAGAAAGACAGUUAAACAUGGCAAGUCACCAGUACAUUAACAAGAGAUUGGACAUUAGGGUAAGCUAAAGACCAGGAUGUUAUCGAAGUUAACAGAGUGAAGUACACCACAAAGAUGUAGUAGGAUAGGCUAUAGGCACCAACACCAGAGUGUAAUGGGCUAACAGUGCGCUACUGAACGAGCUAAGUACUGCAAUCUGUGAGGGUAUUACUGAAGUAGGUGUGUAGAGUAAACCAAGGCAAGAUACUAUGACAUUAACUAGGCAUCCAAGUAAUUAAGUAAGUUAGUUAUCCGGGCAUUAACAAGGUAUCUAAGUCAGGGAAGCCCCCAGGACAUUACUGAGGUGUCUAAGAGGCUCUUUGUAAGGUACCCAUUAAAAUAUUAGUGAGGUAACUUAAGUGCCAAACUGCCACCGUGUCAGAGAUGCACCCUCUAAUGGCCUGGUGGCUUAUCAAGUUUGGGUAGUUAGGCACCAGAGUAAGAUAAGCUACCCGAACAUUAGUAAAUUAAGCCACCAAGAGACUUUAGUGAGACAUCAGCUUAAGGUGUGCCACCACCAGGACAUUACAGACAUGUUUGAUUAAGGUGAGUCACCAGGCUGUUACAGACAUGUUUGAGUAAGGUCAGUCACCAGGACAUUACAGAGGUAUCAAAGUGAGAUAAGUAUCCAUGACAAUAAAGAUGUACGUUAUGCUGCCUUAAAAGUAAUGACCAGAGGUGCUGAAUUAGAAUUUUUGUGUCUUUAUAAUUAACAAGGUACCUCAUUCCUCUUUUCUUAGUUGUAAGAAUUGUGUUUACUAUAUCCAGCCCAAAGAUAGUGGGAUCUGAGCAAGAUUUCAAAUUAUAAAGUAAUGGAAGACAGUGAUGCUAGCUCACCACAUUUUAUCUUCUGGUUGUCAGACAUCCUGUGUGCUCAUACAAACAUUUUAAACUGAAUGUAAACAUUUUGAACUGAUUUUGUUAGGAAUCUUUGACAGGAUAGCAGACCAGCUUCACACUACUGAGUAAAUUAGUGACAGUUGUUAAGAUUUCACUGGCACACAGAAGAGUCCACGUUCAACAGAUUAACAUCUUUCCUUUAAAGAUCUUUCAUUAACAAUGCAGAUGAGCGAGUUAAAACUACAAUUCCUACAUUUUCUUUCCUAUAGGUCAGUCCCCAUCUCCAGCCCCACUAGAAAGGCAAGAGGUAACUUAAACUUUCUUUAAAAAGCAGAAUUUGCAUCUCAUCUGUUUAUACAGCUGUGUUUAUAAUUCUGUACCAGCUGCACAGAUAUUAUUACUCACUGUUUAGUUUCAUAGUUUUGUGUCACUGCCCACAUCGCAGACCACACUCGCAGUGUUGUUUUUGCACAAUGUUACAUAAAAAACAAGCAAUUUUAGUCAAUAUGGAAACCCAAAAGGAAAAACUUAAUUUCCGUGACAUCAAGAUGGUAGCAGUUUAUUUAACAUAUCCUAGGCAGCUAUUCACAGCUACAGAACUGUAAUUGCAGUGAGGAAAAUAAGUGAGUGUCUUAAUAGUGAGAGGCCAGUCAUCACACAAAAAAAACUGAUGUCUCAUAUUAAAGCUAUUACUUCCUUGUCAUCAUAAAAUAAUGUUUAUUAUUGCUGUAGCACGUUUUACAUGUACGUAUACAAUGUCAUUUUUGCACAGCAGAAGAAUGAAGAGACAAAGCUGCUCAUGAGAAUUAAAAGAGGGAAUGUUCCUUUUACUGAUGCAUACUUAGACUGCAUUUAUACAACAGGAAAUGUCUCCAAAUAAAUCAUAGGCUGUCAGAUUUAUUCAACAAAACAGACACGGUAAAAAAAAAAAACAGAUGCUGCACUGAACAGACAAAAUAAGACAUGGCUUGUAUAUUUAGCAAAUUUUGUCAGUGAUUGUUGUGUAAAAUGGAACGGUAAUGAUAUGGUUAUCAUACCUGUCAAUGCUUUAGCUCAAGAUAUUUUGUAGCAUUUGUGCAACAUGUGGAAAAUGUUGGGUACUUACGUAUUAUCGCAACCAGAUUUUCGUGAUAAUACUGGUUGCUUCCAGAUGUGUAAAUUUUACCAGUACUGACUUGAAAAUGUGACAUUAACUGUUUUCUUUCACAGUGAAAUUUUUUUGAGGCAGGAUUAUCGAUUAAACAUGGAAAAAGUGAUGUUUAACCGCAUGCUGGCUGAAAACGAAUGUGGGAAUUAGCAUACGUUGUUACUUUACGUCUUUACUUACAACAGAUAAGUUUGGCUUACAUUCAGGAAGAUGUAACUACAAUUGCUGACAACUUUCUCUCCACACACAGAAACAGUACAACAGCGAAUGGGAAAUCCACAUCUUUUUUAGUCGUAAUCAUUGAAACACAAUCUCCAUUUGUCCAAGGAUAGCACUAUCACAAUUACAAGUAGCCAAAGCACCACUGUCAACUUCUCACAUACCAAACUACCCUACAUGUCAGCAUAAUGCAAUAUCAUCAGUUUGGCAAACCUUUUAUUGUUAUUGCAAGCUUCUAUUCUUAAAAAAAAAGUUUUCCUCCUUUCAAGUCUGUUUGUAAAUUUUGAUAAAUAGUCUACCAAAAAGCAUUUCUCCAGGUCUCCCCGUGUUUUUCUUUUCAGCAUUCCAUCUUGAUAGAGAAAAGCACUCCUUUCGACAGUAACAUACACAGCAGCCCAGGCAAUUAAACCAUGCGUGUGUAAAGCACGUAAAACAGGUAGAAGACUUUCACAGUUGUUUCAUCUUCUUGAAUGUAAGCUAAACCUAUUUGUUGUAAGUAAAGACGUAAAAUAACAAGUGGCACUAAUUACCACACUCGUUUUCAUGCCAGCAUUCAUAUUACCGCAACUGUGAAAAUCUGGUUGCGCUAAUAUGUAAGUACCAAAUGUUGUUACCUACUUUUCUAAAUAGACUGUGAGUCUCGCAUUCAUUGCUGUGUAAAUAUCGGUGGGCCCGUUCUAUAACCCAUGAUGCAGACUGCAAAGUUACUUUCCUUUUUUAUGGAAUAUUUCACUGGGGGCUUGUUAUAAAUCCCAUCAGGAAUGUACAGAUUUUAAUAGAAACUGCCAGCUCUGAUUGCUGUGUUUUGACAUAAAAUCUUGUAGCUCUAUGCACGCAAAUAUUUUAGUAAAGGGCAGGUCUACAACUAGUGGGUUUUGGCUUUAUUGGCCUAAAUAUACCAGUAAAGACUUAGAAAAGGUAAAGUAAAAAAUUGUCAACAUUCACAAACCGUGUAGUAAAAAACUGGUAUGUCCUUAAUGGGUCAUUUAAGCAAUAACCGAUGACAUCUGUGUGGUAUAUUAAGAUUUACCCACGGUUGGUGUGGU